CGACGCCCUGAACCUCUUCUCAGAAAUGAAAGAAAAAUACAUAUCACCUAAUGUUAUCACCUACAGUUCUUUAAUUUAUGGGCUCUGCAAUCUUGGCCGGUGGAAAGAAGCUUCAAGCAUUUUUAACGAGAUGGUGGACCGUGGAGUCUCACCAAACGUGGUGGCAUACAACAUUUUGGUGGAUUCUUUGGCCAAAGAAGGGAGGAUUAGUGAAGCACGUGAUGUGUUUGAAGUAAUGCUGCAAAAAGGGAGAGGAAUGGAUACUGUUCACAUGGUAAAAUGGAUGAAAGCAAAAGAGGUCUUUACUUCCAUGGUGAGUAGGGGUCUUGAGCCUGAUAUAUUUUCUUAUAACAGGUUAAUUAAAGGUUAUUGCAAAAGUGGGAGAAUAAACCAGGCAAUGCAGCUCCAUAGAAAAAUUCAUCAGAGAAGAUUGAUGCCUGAUUCUUUUACUUACAACGCUCUCAUACGUGGAUUAUGCCAAGUGGGCCAUGUUGGAUCCGCACAAGAGGUGUUGAAGGAAAUGUGUGUUAAUGGUAAAAAUCCUGAUCUGUGGACCUAUUCCAUAUUGAUAGAUGAACUUUGCAAAAACAAACUUAUUGAUGAGGCAGUAGAGUUACUGCAUGAGAUGGAGCAAAGUGGAUUAGAACCAAAUAAUGUUAUUCUCAACAUCCUUCUUAAUGGAAUGCUCAAAGCUUCUAAAUUUGAAGAUGCUUGGACAUUUUUCACUACCAUUGUUGAUAAAGGUUUACAACCUGAUUUUACAACGUUUACAAUAAUGAUAAAUGGCUUACGUACCAAGGGCUUGCUGAAUGAAGCUCAAGAUUUGUUGAUGACAAUGGAAGAGAAGGGUUUUCCUCCAGAUGAUUGCACUUUCAAUAUCAUAGUUCGUGGAUUUCUCCAAAAACAUGACAUAGAUAAGUCAUUCCAACUUCUUAAUGAAAUGGCUAAGAGAGGAUUCUUACCAGAUGCAAAGACUUCAUGUAUGAUAGUGGACUUGAUUGCAAAAGAUGGGUUGGAUCAUAAAUCCCUUCAAAUGCUUCGCACAUUUUUGCAGUAUGUAGAAUGAAAGGUAGUGUUGAUUGCCAAACCAAUACUGAUCUCUUUCAAUCAGUCAAAAUGGGUCAAUGGAGUAAUUAGUUUUAUCUUACAUUAUUGAAAAUCAAUCCCCCAAUACAAAAUCGGGAAAGAAUGUUAAUUUCAUAGCAGGGAAUGGAUGUUGAUAAUCUUUUACCAUGUGAAGCUUUGU